CAAGAUACUGAAAAAAGCAUGAAUAACCUUACUUCCACAUCCUCUUUUCUGUUGCUGGAAUUCUCAGAUAUGAGAGAACUACAAAUCUUAUACUUUUUUCUCUUCCUAGCACUCUACUUGGCUGCAUUGAUAGGUAACCUUCUCAUUGUCACUGUAGUUGCAGUUGAUUCCCACCUUCACACUCCCAUGUACUAUCUCCUAUUUGAUUUGGCCAUGUUGGACAUUGGAUCAAUUUGUGUUGUGAUGCCUAAGGCUAUGGAUAUGUCCCUCAAUAAUGAUAGGUCAAUUACUUAUGGUGGCUGUGUUGCUCAAGUUUUCUUUUUUAUUUUCUUUGCAACCUCAAGUUAUAGUGCCCUAACUAUAAUGGCUCAUGAUCGUUAUGUUGCUAUUUGUCACCCACUCCACUAUGAGGUAAUCAUGCACAAAGGAGCCUGCCUACAGAUGAUAGCCAUUGGACUGAUUUGUAGUCUUAUUUAUGCCAUAUUACACACUGGUGGUACCUUUGCAAAUGCUUUCUGUUCCAAUAUUGUCAAUCAGUUCUUCUGUGAAAUUCCACAAUUAAUAAAGCUGUCCUGCUCAGGCCUUUCUAUAAUGGAAAUCGGGGUUCUUAUCCUGUCAUUUAGUACAGAAUUGGGAUGCUUUAUCUUCAUCAUCGGAACAUAUGUACAGGUCUUUGCUGCUGUGCUUAGAAUUCCUUCUUCACAAGGUCAGAAAAAAGUCCUCUCCACUUGUGUUCCCCACCGCACAGUAGUCACAGUGUUUGUAACCAGUGCGGUCCUAGCCUACGCAAGGCCAGCUGCUGACUCUUCUAAUUUGGACACUGUUUUGGCCAUAAUAUAUACCAUAAUUCCUCCCAUAUCUAAUCCAUUCAUCUAUAGUGUUAGAAGCAAAGAGAUCAGGACUGCUUUGCGAAAUCUGUUACAUGUUGCAUAUUUAAAGUUGUUUUGUGAGAAUUGA